UCGCCUCAAUGACGUCAUUUCAAACCGACCACGGUCAGUUCAGCGCGUAAUUUCAAAACAAGUCUGGUCUGUGUUAAUUAAACGUUUCGUUUCGGGGUCACAUUAACAUAUAGAGGUUAAGGUUGUAUAUAGAGCGGAACUGGCUGUUUUUGUGCUCGUUGUGGCAAAUUGUGACGCAAUGAAACAGCAAGAGGAUUGUUUGUCCAUUAGCCUGAGUUAACGGAAAUAUUAUUGGAAAGUAACUUUAUCAUUCUCUCGGUACCAAACUUCAAUUAUUAACUCGAUGAUGCCUUUGCGUCUAUUCAGAUAUCACUCUGUGUAGGUAUGAACGGGUGUAGGAAACUUGCUAACACUAUCUAGAAAAUUAGCGUGUGAUUUAGCCAAGCAGCUAACUAACGUUUAGCUGAAGUGUCUGUUUGUUGACAUCAGUGUCACAGUGGCUAGGAUGUAAACAGUAAACUGUAUAGUCCACAAUGGAUAAUAGUUCGUCUUCUUCUUCGUUAGUGCCUGGUGUUUCUGAAGCAUCCUUUCUGCAGAGGACGCUGGAGAGAUUGUCCUUUACCCAGUCUCUGAAAUUAAAACUAGAGGAGGCGGCUCCCGUCGCUGUCAUUGCCCUUCAGAGAUAUUUAUCUGAGCAUAGUGAGGGUCAGCAGCAGCUCGACAGCUACAGCUACGAUGUGACGGUCACCGACGGAGUCUGGCGGGCUAAAUGUUUCAUUCACCAUAGUUUAAACCACUUCGUGCACACAAAUACCCUGAGGACUGGGGCGGACGUUCGCAUCACUCAGUGUUGUUUUGUGUACAACGAGCGGAGACUGGGACAUGGUUACAUUUGCAUUGAAGACCUUAGUUGCGGCUCAGAGAGAUCCGCUCUCCUGGCCCAUAUAAGCGACGUUUGUUCACUGCCCAUGCUGACUAAACAUGGCAUGGAAAGGAGCUUGGUGUUGCAAAGUGACGUCCCCCUUCAACUCAGCCGCAAACACUACCUGUCUCUCUGGAACAACGACGCCCCGGAGGGAGACGUUUGGGUGACAGGGGCUCCCUCGUCUGACGCGGUGCUGGACGUGUCUAAGAUCACUCUUAUUUGUAGUCUGGAGUCAUGCUUCAGAAAUGCAAGCAAACCCCUCUCCCUCCUAGUGAAGAUAAUGCACAAAUCCAGGCUAAGGUAUUAUGGGAAGUUUGGACUGAAGAUUGAUUACCCCUUCCAGGCAUACUUUGAGGUCGCUGAUCAGAGUGGCAUGAUGUCCCUUGUGCUUUGGAAUGAGCUUUGUCCAGAGUUUUAUCAGAGACUCAGUGUAGGUACAGUUUUGUACCUCCAGAAUUACACCCUAAAGCAGAGUUACUCAAACCGGUCACGCCCACAAAUGGAUCAUCACCGAAUGAAGAUCUUUAACUCUGUAGAAAUCUGCCUGAACUCUCGCAACCCACCUUCAGUCAUUACUGUGAUCUCUCCAAAGAGUGUCUUGCCACAGUGGGGCCUGCCAGAGGUUUCCUACCAGUUCACCACCAGGUCAGAAUUGGACAAAUUAACCAACAAUUCAGCAUGUGAUAUUAUUGGUUUGGUAACAUUUGUUGGUCGGGUUGAAAGAGUCAAGAAUAAAGGGAGUAAGGGCCCAGAAAAAUACUGGACAUAUCGCUGGGUUCAUGCAAUUGAUGGAACAUCUAACCAUCCUUUUAUCUUGGAGAUUUUUUCCUCCUCUCAAACGGAAAUUUUCAGCCGUAUAUGUCCAAUGACCUACCUGGUUUGCACUCAGAUGAGGGUUUGUCAAGUGGAAGGUUCGUUGUCUUACCUCACAAGCAGCUGUGAAACUGAGAUUUUCAUCACUGGCUACCACAAGCGUCAGCCAUAUGUGAAUGACCACAAAGUAAAGACUUUCAUCCAGUGGACCAAGACUCUAAAGGACAAUAUUGUCCUCCAGAAGACCGCUGUUGGUGGCCAUUAUUGCUAUCCCCACCCUCCACCAGUAUUUACACAAUCAAUAACAGAUUCCUCAGCACCCGUUCCACUGGUUGCUGCUGCUGACUUGAAGAAGGAGUUAGAAAGCCUACAAUACAGGGAACAUAAAAAAGUGGCAAUUCAAGGGCAGAUUACUGCAUUGCGGUACAUGAAAAUCCCGAACUCAAACGAUUCCCAAGCAGCAGUGCAGAAAAAGCAGGUGCCACAUGUUUCUAUUGACAUAUGUGGACAAGCUGUUCAAGACACAUACGAUCAUCUGUCAACUGGGCAGACCUUGGAGCAGCCAUCAACAACUUACCCUGAGAAAGUCUCAACUAGUAGAAGCAAAAGGAGAAUUCAGACACGGUGUGAUUUGACAGAGUUAAAAGCCACACAGUCCUUGUUGAGUUGUGAUGAUGUUCCAGCAAAAAGAAGAGUAGGACACAAACACACAGAGGAAGAGCAGGAGCACAGAGAAAAGCAGUGUGACUCUGAAUCAGACGAGGUUCAUGAAUGGGAAAAUCCAACUCAAGACUCUAGUGUUUUGUAUUGGGAAAGCAGCAACUGGCUACAGCAAAAACAGGACGUGUCUGAACAUUUGACUCAAGGUGGUCUGUACCACGACAGCAUCUCUCAGAAGUUCACGUCGGAUGAGAAGAAUGCUCUCCUUCAGUGGUGUAACCUUCAGCCAACACGCUGGACACCACAGCACAACACUGACCCCAUCCCACCUGGACCUUGUCCAGGUUAUUAUAAAGUUACAAUAUUAGGAAUAAACAAGCAAAUAGCUGUUGAUGCUGCUUACCUACCUGUGGUGAGCUCAGAUGAACCCAGGGCAGUGGGUCUUCGUGACGAUCCCCAUGGCAACACAAUGGUGUCCUGCCUUUCAUCUGGCUUUCUCUGCCCUCUGGGUGACACAGCCAGCCACAGUGAUCCAGCUCUGCCUCAGCCAGAGGAGAUCUUGGCAACCGCCAGUGAGCUGGAAGAUGCACAUGUUGUGUGUGUUUUGGACAUUUGUCAUCUGGGUGAAGAUAAAGUAGAAGUCCUGAUCAGUAAGUUGUACAGAGUGACUCACAUGUCUCUCGACUAGGAGGUGCAGAAGAGCAUAUGUUCACACCUAUGAGAACAUUCUGUAAAUAUUGUCAGCAUAAAUGGAUCAUGUGAUUUGGUAUUUUUGAUAGUGUGAGCAAGAAGAACUCAACUUUAUCACAUUGUGAUACCUUUAAAGUUUUGUACCAUAAAUGUAACAUAACACUGUAAACUGUGCUUUAAUCUUUUGGUUAAUGGAAGUAGUUUAUAGUUAUAACUGAAAUGCAUAAAGAUGUGGGUUUUCUUACAAUUAGAAUUUAACCCUAUAUUCACUGUGACUGACAGAUGCACUUAAUAUUUUUUUUUAAAAUGACCCUGAGGCACAAUGAAUUAAAAGUAGUACUUUAAGUACUAGUGUCCUAUUUCCAUA